AAGGCAGGGAUUUCACGGAAAUGAAAGUGGAAGCAAACAGCCUGCGAGCAGAGCCUCCUGAGGUGUAUUUCGGGUCUUCCUGGGGCUGAGAGAGACCACAGCCCUUUGGGGGGUACAAACAAGAGUUCAGUUGCUGUGAAUUCUGCCACUGUGCCCAGCUCUGAAGCCUCAGCUCUUGCCAAACAGACCCGAGACCCAUGUCAGCCCCACUGGAUGCCUUUUACCGGACACAUAUUUUGUGCCGGAGAUCUUGCUGGACACAGGGAAUACAGAGAUGGUCGGAACAGAGUCCUAUCUUUCCAAGAGAUCUCAUGCUUCUCUGAGCUGAACUUCUUUAUCAGGAUUCCUAACCACAGGGUGAACUCUGCUCUAUUCCACAAACAAAGGCCCUCCACGCCCUUCAGGAGGAGCAGGCCAGACUCAAGAUGAGGCUGUGGGACCUGCAGCAGCUGAGAAAGGAGCUCGGGGACUCCCCCAAAGACAAGGUCCCAUUUUCAGUGCCCAAGAUCCCCCUGGUAUUCCGAGGACACACCCAGCAAGACCCGGAAGUGCCUAAGUCUUUAGUUUCCAAUUUGCGGAUCCACUGCCCUCUGCUUGCAGGCUCUGCUCUGAUCACCUUUGAUGACCCCAAAGUGGCUGAGCAGGUGCUGCAACAAAAGGAGCACACGAUCAACAUGGAGGAGUGCCGGCUGCGGGUGCAGGUCCAGCCCUUGGAGCUGCCCAUGGUCACCACCAUCCAGGUGUCCAGCCAGUUGAGUGGCCGGAGGGUGUUGGUCACUGGAUUUCCUGCCAGCCUCAGGCUGAGUGAGGAGGAGCUGCUAGACAAGCUAGAGAUCUUCUUUGGCAAGACUAGGAACGGAGGUGGUGAUGUGGAUGUUCGGGAGCUACUGCCAGGGAGUGUCAUGCUGGGGUUUGCUAGGGAUGGAGUGGCUCAGCGUCUGUGCCAAAUUGGCCAGUUCAGAGUGCCACUGGGUGGGCAGCAAGUCCCUCUGAGAGUCUCUCCAUAUGUGAAUGGGGAGAUCCAGAAGCCUGAGAUCAGGUCGCAGCCAGUUCCCCGCUCGGUACUGGUGCUCAACAUUCCUGAUAUCUUGGAUGGCCCGGAGCUGCACGACGUCCUGGAGAUCCACUUCCAGAAGCCCACCCGUGGGGGCGGGGAGGUAGAGGCCCUGACAGUCGUACCCCAAGGACAGCAGGGCCUAGCAGUCUUCACCUCUGAGUCAGGCUAGAGGCCUCCCCUUCUCAUCCUCCCCACCCCCCUGCCAAGGUUCUCAUACUGGGCUGGGCUUGGGUGCCCAUAUAGGAGGUCUGUAUGUUCACCAACAGUGCAGAGGGAUCACACAUUGCGAAACACUGCCCAGAACAGUAAAAAGAGCCUGCACGCCA